AUGGCGCUUGUCAGAGAUCCCUGCUUCUGGAAGCGCUUCUCGACCGCAGUCCACAUGGACGAAGAAGCCAAGGCUGUCGACCAAGGAACACAAACCACACCAGCUCGAGCCUCAUGGCUAUCCCGCGAGCGACGUAAACGCAAGAGAUCUAUCAUCUGCGGGUUCGUCAUCUUUUUCGCCAUUGUCUUUGCCGUCGCAGCUGGUGUGAUUGUCUGGUGGCUUGCCAAGAACCACUGGCUUCAGCCUGGACCUGAUGAGACUCCUUGA